UCUUCCUCUUCCUCGGGCACAGCGAUGGCGGUGAUGCGGUUCUUAAGGGCUGGUGAGCGGCUCUACAGCGGCCUCCCCGCCCCGGCGGCACUGACGGCAGCGGCUCGGCCCCGCGAUCUGGAGGACAAGCUGCUGACCGAGCCGCUCCGCCACCCCGAUUUCUUUAACGUGAAGGAGCUCUUCUCACUGAAGGAUCUUUUCGAUGCCCGAGUGCACCUGGGGCACAAGAAGGGAUGUCGGCAUCAGUUCAUGGAGCCCUACAUCUUUGGCUGCCGGCUGGACCAGGACAUCAUUGACUUGGAUCAGACGAUGCAGCAUCUCCAGCUGGCCCUCAAUUUCACCGCCCACAUCGCCUACCGCAAAGGCAUCAUCCUCUUCGUCAGCCGCAACAGGCAGUUCUGCCACCUGAUUGAGAGCACAGCACGGGAGUGUGGGGAGUACGCUCACACACGUUACUGGCAGGGCGGCCUGCUCACCAAUGCCCACAUCCAAUUUGGUCCAGGCAUCCGCCUGCCCGACCUCCUUAUCUUCCUCAGCAGCCUCAACAAUGUCUUUGAGCCCCACGUGGCCAUCCGGGAUGCUGCCAAAAUGAACAUCCCCACGGUGGGGGUGGUGGACACGAACUGCAACCCGUGCCUCAUCACUUACCCCAUCCCUGGUAAUGACGACAGCCCCACUGCCAUGGAGCUCUACUGCAAGCUCUUCAAGAUGACCAUCAUCCGUGCUAAGAACAAGAGGAAGCAACUUGAAGUCUUCCAGGAGCUGCAGAGCCAAGAGAAGAGUGAUACAAACCGCCCUGUGCUGUCUGGUGGCCAGGCCUGACCAUGGGGGCUCAUCUCCAUGCUGGAGGUGGGCACUCUGCUCCACUUUACAGUGCUGUACCCAUGGCAUCACAGGCUGUUUGUCACACAGGGACAUUUCCAGCUCCAAAAGAAUUAGCCCAGAGCAAUCGGUCUAAGAGAUGGAGUGGGGCCAGUGGGCAGCUCUGUGCUGGUUUGUUGUUGCCAGGAGCACUACUUCUGUCCUGUGACCUUCCCGUUGUGAAAUGCUGCAAAGCCAUUUGUAUCACACACCACAAAUAAAUAAAGGGGCCUUUGAUCCUA